AUGGGCGUUAGUCAGAAAGGCGGAGACCGCGUAUCAUUGGCCGCGCGGGGAUCUGUGGGUGACCGGAGUGGCAUUAGGGGCUCCAGUGCGUGGGCCGUGGGCGACGCGGGUGUGCUGGUCAAUUCGUCUGGUUUCCCCCUCCGCGAGUCCCGCCUCGACAGCCCCUCUUUCUUUCACCACAACUUCCCUGCUGCUGCGCUUCUCGCCGCCCAAAUCGCCAACACCGACACUGGACACGACCGCCUCACUGUCGCGAUCCAGCGAUCGCCCGAAUCUGUCAUCGCCUUCUGCCCACGACCUGCCGCGUUUCCUCCCACUCGCCGCUCUUUCGAGGAACUUACCCCCCCCUCGCUCCCCUUCUCCCCCUUCGACCGCUUCCUCUUCUUCUUUCGCGACUUUCUUUUUCUCCUCAUCCAUUCAACAUCCCCCUCCUCAUUUCUUCUCUUUCUCUCCCCCUCCCCCCUCCUCCUCCCUUUCUCCCUCAUCAUUCAACAUCAUAACCACCCGCUUCUAUCUUCUUUCUUCUUGUUGGGGUGCUGUCUCUUAAUUCUUUAUUAUUAUCAGUGGUUUAUCAGCCACUUCGCUUCUCGUUUUCUCCCCUCUUGA